CUCGCAGCCACAGGACAAGGUCCAGGUAGGAAGACCUUUCUGUCCCUACUUUGUCCUCCCAAAUCCUCUGGCACCCAGAGAAGAGCACAUCCAGAGCUCAACCUGGAACAGAUCAGCCAUGGUGCUCUGGGGUCCGGCGCUGGGAGCCCUGCUAGUGGCCAUUGUGGGAUAUCUGUGCCUUCGGGGGCUGCUCCGGCAACGAAGACCCAAGGAGCCCCCUCUGGAUAAGGGCCCCGUGCCCUGGCUGGGCCAUGCCAUGGCUUUCCGGAAGAAUAUGUUCGAAUUUCUGAGGCACAUGCAGGCCAAACAUGGGGACAUAUUCACGGUACAGCUAGGGGGCCAGUACUUCACCUUUGUCAUGGACCCUCUGUCUUUUGGCCCCAUCCUCAAGGAUGUGCAGAGGAAGCUAGACUUUGUGGAGUAUGCUCAAAAACUGGUGCUAAAGGUAUUUGGAUACCGCUCUGUGCAGGGAGACUAUAGGAUGAUACACUCAGCCAGCACCAAGCACCUCAUGGGGGAAGGCUUGGAGGAGCUCAACAAAGUCAUGUUAGACACCCUGUCCUUGGUUAUGCUGGGGCCCACAGGCCCCAGUCUGGACACCCACCACUGGUGUGAGGAUGGCCUCUUUCACUUCUGUUACAACAUCUUGUUCAAGGCUGGCUACCUGAGCUUGUUCGGCUACACAAAGGACAAGCAGCAGGACCUGCUGCAGGCAGAGGAGCUAUUCCUGGAGUUUCGCAAGUAUGACCGCCUGUUCCCCCGCUUUGUUUAUUCCCUGCUGGGGCCCUGGGAGUGGCUGGAAGUGGGCCGGCUCCAGCGUCUCUUCCAUAAGGAACUCUCGGUGGAACACAACCUGGAGAAGUACGGCGUAAGCAACUGGAUCACCUACAUGCUUCAGUUUCUGAGGGAGCAGGGUGUCUCCCCGGCCAUGCAGGACAAGUUCAACUUCAUGAUGCUCUGGGCCUCCCAGGGUAACACAGGGCCGACCUCUUUCUGGGCCCUCUUGUUCCUCCUGAAGCACCCAGAGGCCAUGCGGGCUGUGAGGGAGGAGGCCACCCGGCUCCUGGGAGAGGUCAGGCUGGAGGCUAAGCAGUCCUUCAAGUUCGGUGCCCUGCACCGCAUGCCGGUGCUGGACAGUGUGAUGGAAGAGACACUGCGGCUGAGGGCCUCGCCCACCCUCCUCAGGGUGGUGAACGAUGACCAGAUCCUGCAGAUGGCCAGUGGGCAGGAGUACCUGCUCCGCAAUGGAGACAUCCUGGCCCUCUUCCCUUACCUCUCAGUGCACAUGGACCCCGACAUCCACCCCGAGCCCACCGCCUUCAGGUACGAUCGCUUCCUCACCCCCAGUGGCAGCCGAAAAGUAGACUUCUACAAGGCAGGCAAGAAGAUCCGCCACUAUACCAUGCCGUGGGGCUCGGGUGUCUCCAUCUGCCCUGGGAGGUUCUUGGCGCUCAACGAGAUGAAGCUCUUUAUCCUGCUCAUGGUCAUGAACUUUGACCUGGAGUUGGUGGACCCUGACACACCUGUGCCACCCGUGGACCCCCAGCGCUGGGGCUUUGGCACCACACAGCCCAGCCACGAGGUGCGAUUCCGCUACCGCCUGCGGCCUGCGGAGUGAGCUCUGUCCAAGAGGCUGAAGUCUGGCUGGGGGUGCUCCCCUGGGUCUCUGCCUCCUCUCACCCACCCCUCUAAAGCCCCAGACCACCCUCUUCCUCUGUCCUGCUUGUCCUCCCUGCUCUUUGGCAUCCUUCUGAUCACCUCACAGGCUGAUACUUCUCUCUUGAAAACAGCAUCUCUCACAGCAGAAGCUGCAUAACUCGCCUCUCAUAGGAAGUCCAAGGAAGGGGAAAUAACUGUGGGCAACUCAGUUUGGGGGAUAAUACAUGCCACGACAAAUCUCACGCAGUACAGACACCGGUUACAGUGAGUCAUAUAGCAUCUUGCAAACAUUGGUCUCCACCCUCCCACUCUGCUUUGCUUGUUUUCCUCAACACUCACCCUGUGGGAUUCAGGGCCUAGAACAGUGUCAUCCAAUAGCCAUAUGAGGCAAGCCACAUGUGUAAUUUUUCAUCUCCUAGCUGACAUAUUUUUAAAAGUAAAAAGAAACUGGUGAAAUUCA